GGUUCACAUUAUCAUUGUUAUCAAUACCAAGAAAAUCCCGGGGCUUUUGGGGGGACUCUAGAUUUGGUUGUACUUUUAUUGUCUCGUGGGACGGCGCUGUCUGCCUACCUAUAUACACAAGACGAGCGGUGGUAUCAUGGGGACUAGAUCUAGAUAUCAUGUAUGGAGUACGAUAGGGGGGGUCUGUUUGUCUGUUUAUUCCCUCUCUCUCCCCCUUUUCGGGAGGGGUUUAAAAUGGGCGGGGACAGGGGUAGCGAGCAGUCUUUGUUUUAUCAUGGAUUCGACUUUGGGUUCUGUCGGUUGUUGGUUUCCUUAUAUACCCAGCUUUUCAGUCUCGUCUUAUAGACAGAUGCUUGUUUUGAAUGUGUUAUUCCUCUCGUUAUCUAUUCUUUCUCUCUUUCUCCCGGGUCAGACACCAGACGAUGUGUGUGGCGAUCCAUUUUACUUGUCAAUAGAGUGAUGACGGUAAAUGGUCGCUGCAACAACAACAUUCAUUCACUCGUCGCCGAACCCUUGUCCGUUCCAUCCCGGCGUUGAAAGGAGGCCGAGACCUGCCCAGCCAAGGGGGCGUGUUUCUAUGUCUACACAUGUGUGUAGGGUGGGCGGUGGCGAUAUACCUACCUAUCG